UUUUGAAGUUUUCAGAUGCAUCUGUAGAUGAAUCAUAACAGCAUCAAGAUGUCUGGACGAUCGGGCCGCGCCGAGACACGAAGUCGAGCCAAAGACGACAUCAAAAAGGUCCUGGCGGCCAUCGAGAAAGUGCGCAAGUGGGAGAAGAAAUGGGUGACGGUGGGAGACACGUCUUUACGCAUAUACAAGUGGGUGCCAGUGACAGAAACCAAACAGAUAUAUCGCACCAAAUCUACAGGUGGAGAGGAUAGACGGCUGAAAGAUGUGGUCUUAGAAAACACCAACUCCUUGCUGGAUUUCACUGAUGAGAACAGCAACCAGAGCUUUCUUUCGGAUGUGUACCAGCCAAAAAUGGAUAACAGCAGCAGCACGUCCAGCUCACAGCAGGUCAGCCCCCCUCACACCUCCAGCCUCCGUACAGAAGACUCCCAGCCACCGAUGCUGGGCCAGGAGAGCGUGGAUGAGCCAAUUCAUCCCGGACAAGAAGGGUCAGAUGAGCCUCCAACUCUGAUCAAAGAGGACCUUCUCUCAUCGGGCACUGCCAGACGGAGCGGCCCAAGCACACAGGAAGAACUGGAUGAAUCCGGAGCACCUCCUCUAAAGAAGAUUUGCACAGGAGAAACUUCUGUGCUGAGAUAGCUGAUUAAUUUUUUUUUUUUUUUUUUUUUUUUAAAAAAUCAGCUAUUAUCAAAGUGCAUACAAUACUUUUUCUUCAUUGCUGUCAGAUUAUCAAAGCUUUCAAAAUACUUCUGAUGUUCUCUUGAUGUAUUUACGCAGAUAUUACACGUUAUGUUUCAACAAAC